UGAACGGGCUCCAGGCUCGGACCUUUGGCGUCUGGACCCUGCUGUCAUCAGUGAUCCGCUGUCUCUGCGCCAUCGACAUCCGCAAUAGGACGCCAGAUAGCUGUGGCUUUCAGUACACCAUUGAACAUGCUGCCCUGUUCUUGCAGCUGUUGCCCAUGGAGCUUUUGCACCUCACUAGCCUCUAUUACAUCACACUCUUCACCUUCUUUUUGGCCCUUGUUCACUUCCUCUCCGAGGUCUUCAUUUACCACACUGCAGCCUUGACAAUUGGAGUUAUGGCCCCCCUCAUGGUAGCAAGUUUCUCUAUCUUGGGGAUGUUGAUUGGGCUGCAGUACCUGGAGGUAGAAGCACUGUCAAAAAACAAGAAGAAAAACUGAGGCUGAGGGCCCUGUGUAGGUCACCGUUGUCUCCUGUCUUCACUGCCAAACUUCCACUAAAGCUCGGCUGAACUUCUCCAGGACACCAGUCCCACUGGUGGAUCAAUGUUGGACUCUGUCCAUCAUUCUUCAUUACCAAGUGUUUUUUCUUGUCCAGGCAACAUUUUAACUGACUGAUGACAAAGACCAAGUCCCAGAGGAGUUUGUGUCAAAGCUUGUGGGGGCAGUUGGUGACUGCCUCCCUGGAGGAUAGCAGGGAAUGUCUCAGGCAUGCCCAGUGCACUAAGGACUUCUCUCCCAGUGUACCUGUGGGGAGGAGGUGUAGAGCUACCCAGAAUGCACUGAACACUUUGGACCAGAGAGAGAGAAUGUGUGCUGCCCCUGGCACUGCUGUGUAACUUGCAUGUGUGUGUUCCUCAGGGGCCAUUUCUAAUAAAUUACAGAAAACUGCA